AUGACUGUCGCGAGCUCCUCGACCCCCACCCCGAGCGUGCGCGACCCCCGGCGGCGCCAAUCCAUGCCCCUUCUGUAUUCAUCCACUCCAUCAGCGCCCGACAUAGAGCGCGUCGCGCCCUUCGCCUUCGCCACCUGCCCCAUGCCAGAGCCGCACCGCGAGCGGAGCCUCGCCGCGCGCGCCUUCGCCGCCAUCCUCUCGCCGUUCCGCAGGCGCCCCGCCGAAGAGUUCCAGACGCGCCACAUCGCGCGCUCCACCCCCGCGCUUCCGCACCCACAUAAGCGGGAGGACGCCCUCGACACCUGGCACUCGUGGGGCAGCGAGCUUAGCAUCGCGUCCAAGCUGGUUGACGAGACACACCUCUCGCCAAGCAGUGCAGGCGGGCGGCGCGUACGCCGCUCCCUCUCCGGUACUUUGGUGCGGCGCGCUCGCACCCCAUCAGUUGUCGCGCCACACCUCGCCAUCGAGGCUAUCCUCGGUAAACGCGGCCUGGGCGCGUCGCAGGCAUCGCUGCGCUCCACGGCACCUGCGCCGCCACAGAUAUCGCUCGACUUUGACUGGGGCCCAAGCGCAUCGGAGCUCCCGUCCGACGCCCUGUGCACCACCCUCGACGAGCCCGAGCCCCCAAUUCCACCCGCGAGCACCAGCCCAUUCGCCAGACCACAUAGCAUGCUCACCUCAUCAGCCAACGCAUCAGUUCUUACGUUGACAAAGAGCAAGCCGAGACUCCGCCGACUGGGGUCCCGCCGCUUCUCGCGCACAGCCAAGUCGCCGCCUGCUGUGCCGAUACCACUACCACGCAUUGAGCUGGAGCUCAUCGAGGACGGCUUUGCCGUCGACUUUGCAGUGAUCGCAGAGGACAGGUCGUCCGAGUUCUUGGCUCUGCACGGCUGCACACGCCGCCUGCGAGCUGCGACUGCGAGGCUGUCCGGCAUCGGUGGUCCGGGCGAAUCCGAGCAUUCCGAGCUCGGAUCGCCCUCAGGACCGCCGCCACCGCUCUCCUGA